AGUGGGUUAGGUUGUUAGCUAGAAAGUUAGCUAAUGGCUGGGGGAAAGAGAUCCUCCUCAACCCUCGCUUUGGGAGAGUUUCAGGAUUUCCUGAAGUAAAAACAACCGACUAUUCCACAAGAGAUACCCCGUAAGGAAGUUAAGGUCAACAAUAAGAACGCUAAUAUACGUAUUGUCAAUAUAAGUAUGCAGGAUGCAGUAGCCGGGACGAGAAUGCUGACGGACGGCUUCGAGGACGAGAUUGACUCGGUGACUCCUCGCACCCCAGCGGUAGGGAUGGGGGUCGGAGGAACACCAGGAGUCGGACUCCGAGGCAUAGGGAUUGGUGUGGGCGGAAAGAAAGUACGAUUGUUCGGCGAGCCCGGUGGGCCUCCUACUGACAGCCUGGAUUUCAAACUGGCUGCUGCUGCAGUCCUUUCCUCUGGUCCCGGAUCCAACAGCGACGAAGACGAGGUAUCAGAGGUGGAGUCCUUUAUCUUGGACCAGGAGGACUUGGAGAACCCCAUCAUGAAGACUGCCUCGGAGCUGCUUUUGUCCAGCGCCACAGACGGUGUGGACCUCCGCACUGUCGACCCAGAGACACAGGCCCGCCUCGAGGCCCUGCUAGAGGCUGCAGGCAUUGGUAAACUGUCAACUGCGGAUGGUAAAGCGUUCGCAGAUCCCGAGGUGCUGCGGAGGCUGACGUCGUCAGUGAGCUGUGCCCUGGACGAGGCGGCUGCCGCCCUGACGCGCAUGAGAGCAGAGAACACACUCAACGCUGGCCAGGCCGACAACCGGAGUCUAGCUGAGGCGUGUUCGGAUGGAGACGUGAACGCUGUGAGGAAGCUGCUAGACGAGGGCCGGAGCGUCAACGAACACACUGAGGAAGGGGAGAGUCUUCUCUGCCUCGCCUGCUCUGCUGGAUACUAUGAACUCGCACAGGUGCUGCUGGCCAUGCAUGCCAACGUGGAGGACCGGGGGAUUAAAGGUGACAUCACGCCCCUGAUGGCGGCAGCGAGUGGCGGUUACGUCGACAUCGUCAAGCUGCUCCUGGUCCACGGGGCUGACGCCAACGCACAGUCCUCCACCGGUAACACAGCCCUGACGUAUGCGUGUGCUGGGGGGUUCGUAGAUGUGGUGAAGGUUCUCCUAAAGGAGGGGGCCAACAUCGAGGAUCACAACGAGAACGGACACACCCCUCUAAUGGAGGGGGCGAGUGCGGGCCACGUGGAGGUGGCCAGGGUUCUGCUGGAGUACGGCGCCGGGAUCAACACACACUCCAACGAGUUCAAGGAGAGCGCCCUCACACUCGCCUGCUACAAAGGUCAUCUGGACAUGGUGAGGUUUCUGCUGGAGGCCGGGGCGGAUCAGGAGCACAAGACUGAUGAGAUGCACACAGCGCUGAUGGAAGCCUGCAUGGAUGGGCAUGUGGAGGUGGCACGGCUGCUGUUGGACAGCGGGGCGCAGGUCAACAUGCCAGCCGACUCCUUCGAGUCGCCCCUCACCCUGGCAGCCUGCGGCGGGCAUGUGGAUCUAGCAGCUCUGCUCAUAGAGAGAGGGGCCAACCUAGAGGAGGUGAAUGAUGAAGGUUACACCCCUGUGAUGGAGGCAGCCAGAGAAGGUCAUGAAGAGAUGGUGGCCCUGCUACUGGCUCAGGGUGCGAACAUAAACGCCCAGACGGAGGAGACCCAGGAAACAGCCCUGACGCUGUCCUGCUGUGGAGGGUUCCUGGAGGUGGCCGACUUCCUCAUCAAGGCCGGGGCCGACAUCGAGCUGGGCUGCUCCACGCCUCUCAUGGAGGCUGCACAGGAGGGACACCUGGAGCUGGUCAAACACCUCCUGACUGCAGGGGCGAAUGUGCACGCUACCACGGCGACGGGAGACACAGCGCUGACGUACGCGUGUGAGAACGGACACACUGACGUGGCCGACAUUUUACUGCAGACUGGAGCCGAUCUGGAGCAUGAGUCUGAGGGGGGGAGAACACCCCUGAUGAAGGCAGCCAGAGCAGGACACCUCUGCACUGUGCAGUUCCUCAUCAGCAAGGGUGCUAAUGUGAACAGAGCGACAGCUAACAAGGACCACACGGUGGUGUCUCUGGCCUGCGCUGGAGGACACCUGGCUGUGGUAGAGCUGCUGCUGGCACAUGGAGCUGACCCCACACACAGACUGAAGGACGGCUCGACGAUGCUGAUUGAAGCUGCGAAGGGCGGCCACACCAACGUGGUGUCCUACCUGCUAGACUUCCCUAACAACAUCUUGUCUGUCCACGCUCCCGACCUCUGCCAACUCACACCCCCCUUACAAGACCCCUCUCAGGUUCCUCGUGUCCCAUUCCAGGCCCUGGCCAUGGUGGUUCCCCCCCAGGAGCCAGACAGAACCCCCUCCAACAUCACGUCCCCACCACCCGUCUCCAGCAAAGGUUCGUCCAAGCAGAGACAGGCUGCCCUCCGUCCCGGGGAUGCAGAGGCCUUGCCCCCCUUCCAUCUGUGCCAGCCCCUGGAGUGUAUCGUGGAGGAGACAGAGGGGAAGCUUAAUGAGCUGGGGCCAGAGGAUCUCAGCCAUAGAGAAGGCCCAACUGCGUCUCUGGAACUCAUCCAGGGAGAGCCGCUCACCAAAGACAAGAUCGAAGAGCUGAAGAAGAGCCGGGAGGAGCAGGUCCAGAAGAAGAAGAAGAUCCUGAAGGAGCUGCAGAAGGUGGAGCGCCAGCUGCAGUUGAACACCCAGCAGCAGUUCACCAAAGAGUACAUGGAGGCCAAGGGCCUGAAGGAGGAGCAGGAGGCAGGCCAGGGCCCAGGGCCGGGGGAAGGGGCCAACACUACCAUACCUGGGGUCCUCACAGCAUCACCAGGGGUUAACGUGCGCACACAGCCCGGGUCGGAUACAGGGUCUGACGAAGAGGAGAACAGAGAGGAGGAAGAAGAGGAUGAUGAGGAUGAUGAUGAUGAAGAUGAAGACGAGGUGGAAGGAGAGGAGGAAGAUUACGCUAAGCUACCCCAGGUGGACACUAUCCUCUACAGGGAUGGACAGCAGCCGCCCUUGCCCCCCUCGCCCUCCCCCCAGCCCCUGUCCUCCCCCCACUCCCAUCUCCACCCUCCUCCUCCCCCCCUCCAGACUGCCUUCGUGCCCAUCCAGCCCCUACCGGAGUACAGCCCGUGCCCAGCCGACUACCCCUGCCCUGGCACUACCAGCCCUGAGCUGCAGAGGGUACUGGUGGGCCGGCAGAUGCCGGGUCAAGGUCAGGGGUUCGGACCAGGGAUGGUAGGGCAGCAGGCCCCAGACGGACUCAUGGUGGCUUCGCCCGCUCAGACGCUUACAGACACGCUGGAUGACAUCAUGGCAGCGGUGGGCAGCAGAGUACCCAUGUUAAACACUACGACGUCCCCCACCCCCCUGUCUGACCCCCUCUCACAGACCUCCUCCAACAUGGGCUCACCCCCCUCCCCACUGCCCCUCUACCCCUCUGUGGACAUCGACGCACACACGGAGAGUAACCAUGACACAGCGCUGACGCUGGCAUGUGCUGGAGGACACGAGGAGCUGUGGUCUGUUCUCAUCGCACGAGGAGCCAACAUCGAGCACCGCGACAAGAAAGGGUUCACCCCUCUGAUCCUGGCUGCCACAGCGGGCCAUGCAGGGGUGGUGGAGCUCCUUCUGGAUAAAGGGGGCGACAUAGAGGCCCAGUCAGAGAGAACCAAAGACACACCCCUCUCCCUGGCCUGCUCAGGGGGACGACAAGAGGUGGUGGAGUUGUUGCUGUUGCGAGGAGCCAAUAAAGAGCAUCGUAAUGUGUCAGACUACACCCCUUUGAGCUUGGCGGCGUCUGGAGGCUACGUCAACAUCAUCAAGAUCCUCCUCAAUGCCGGCUCAGAGAUCAACUCCAGGACGGGCAGUAAGCUGGGUAUCUCUCCCCUGAUGCUGGCAGCGAUGAACGGUCACGUCCCCGCGGUCAAGCUGCUGCUGGACAUGGGCUCAGACAUCAACGCUCAGAUCGAGACCAACAGGAACACGGCUCUGACUCUGGCCUGCUCAGGCCGGGCUGAGGUGGUCAGUCUGCUGCUGGACCGCAAGGCCAACGUAGAGCACAGAGCCAAGACUGGUCUGACCCCUCUAAUGGAGGCAGCGUCGGGGGGCUAUGCUGAGGUGGGCCGGGUGCUGCUGGAUAAAGGGGCUGACGUCAACGCCCCUCCUGUCCCCUCGUCCCGGGACACAGCCCUCACCAUCGCUGCAGACAAGGGCCACUACAAGUUCUGUGAGCUGCUGAUCAAUAGAGGGGCUCACGUUGACGUGCGCAAUAAGAAAGGGAACACACCUCUGUGGCUGGGCCACGGCGGCCAUUUUGAUGUGGUUCAGCUGCUGGUGCAGGCCGGGGCCGACGUAGACGCUGCAGACAACCGCAAGAUCACACCGCUCAUGGCUGCCUUCCGUAAGGGUCAUGUAAAGGUGGUUCAGUACCUGGUAAGGAGGUGCAACCAGUUCCCCUCAGAUGAGUGUAUGAGAUACAUCGCCACCAUCGCUGACAAGGAGUUGUUGAAGAAGUGCCAUCAGUGCAUGGAGACCAUCGUCAAAGCCAAAGACCAGCAGGCUGCUGAAGCCAACAAGAACGCCAGCAUUCUCCUCAAGGAGCUCGACCUGGAGAAGUCCAGAGAGGAGAGCAAGAAGCAGGCCCUGGCCGCCAAGAGAGAGAAACGCAAGGAGAAACGCAAGAAGAAGAAGGAGGAGCAGAAGAGAAAGCAGGAGGAGGAGGAGGAGGAUGAAGAGGAGCAGAAGACUACCCAGGAGGAGGAUGAGGAGGAAGACGGUGAGAUGCAGAAGCAGGAUGACUCCGCCGAGGAAGUGGACCCCCCAAUCGACCCCCCCAGUGCGACCACCACCACCACCAUCGGUAUCCCCGCCACCUUCAGCUGUGUGUUUGGCAAGAAGAGGGCCAGUGUUGCCAUGACGACCAGUGCCAGCCGCAAAAGCAAGAAGAACAAGACCAAGGACUCAUCCCCCAGUGAACCAAUCAUAUGUCAGGACCCACAGGUGGUGCUGGCACAGCACAAGGCCAACACGAUCCAUGGGGAGCCACGGGGUGGUGGGGUGACAGGGGCGGGGGGCACCAGCGACUCAGACCCCCUGGACAGCACCGACUGUGCCAGUGAGAGUAGCAGCAGCGGGGGCAAGAGCCAGGAGCUCAACUUCCUCCCCGACCUCCCCUCUUCUUCCUCAUCCUCCUCUUCCUCCUCCUCCUCUUCGUCCUCGGGCCCCACUCACAGCCUGCUGCCAGGCCCGGAGAAGAAACACUGUCUGCAGCUACACCCAGGCAACCAAGUCAGCGUCUCCAUCUCCAAGCCAACACACAAAGCUCCAGACAUGAGUGAGUUGACCCCCAGCAGCUCUGUACCGUCUCAGUUUAAGACCAUGUCUCUCCCCGUCACAUCCCCCAACAGCAAGAGCCUCACCAGCCCCAAGAGGGGACAGAAGAGAGAGGAGGGUUGGAAGGAGGUGGUGAGACGGUCUAAGAAGCUAUCGGUGCCGGCCUCGGUGGUGUCGAGGAUCAUGGGUAGAGGAGGCUGCAACAUCACAGCUAUACAGGACGUGACGGGAGCACACAUUGACGUGGACAAACAGAAAGACAAGAACGGAGAGAGAAUGAUCACCAUCAGAGGUGGCACGGAGUCGACACGCCACGCGGUCCAGCUGAUCACCUCUUUGAUCCAGGACCCAGCCAAGGAACUAGAGGACCUCAUCCCCAGGAACCACAUCAGGGCCCCGGGCUCCAAGAUCACCUCAGCCCCCUUCCCCACCCCCACUGGGGCUAACCUUAACCUCAGCAUUGGGGCCAAGGCCCUGGGCUCCCUGGUCACGUCCUCUGGGGUCUCCUUCCAGUCCUCUUCCUCUCAGACAGGGGGUAAGAUGGGUAAGGGUCUGUCUGGGGUGAGGCAGCCCUUCCCCGUGUCUCUCCCCCUGGCCUACGCCCAUCCCCAGCUGGCCCUCCUGGCAGCCCAGACCAUGCAUCAGAUCAGACACCCCAUGCUGCCCAUGGCCCAGUUCGGUGGGACCUUCUCCCCUGCCGCCAGCACCUGGGGCCCGUUCCCGGUGCGGCCGCUGAGUCCCGGUAGCGCCAACAGCUCCCCCAAACACAACGGUGGUAGUAGUGGUAACAACCAGGCCACAUCUAACUUGUCAAGUCAUAAUGAUCACAAUAACACAUCAUCCACGAGCUCCUCUGUCUCCAGUCCUAGUGCAUCUAACAGUCAGACAGCUAUGACUACAGGGUCACCACACACCCCUAACCCCCCCCCCUGGGGCCCAGCCCAGCACCCCCACACCCUCCUCAGUCAGGAAACAGCUGUUCACCUCGACCCCAAGCACAUAGGGGUCAACUCUGUCUCCAUGGUUACUACCACCACUGUCAGUAGUAGUAGUCACUCAGUGAGAGGUACAGGGUCUCCCGCCCACCAACACACGGGCUUAAUGGCUACAAGCACCCCUAACCCUCUUCAACCCCAGGUCACCCCCAUCUCUCAGCCCCCCAAGUCACCCCCCAGCGCCCCCACUGCUCCCCCAGGAAAGGAGAAGCCGACCCCCUCCCUCUCUCAGGAGGCCCUAUCAGUCUCAGUCAACAAUGUGGUUAGUUCAGGUGGUUUCACCGCCCCUGUCAUGACUGGCCCCUCCAAACUUGAGCCCCGCCAGCAGCAGCAGCACCAACCCCCUCUCCUAACCUCCAAUUCCUCAUCAGACCCCCCUCCACCUCUCCUCCCUCAUCAGUCCAGCUCCCACCUCCCCCCAUCCUCCUCCACCCCCUCACACACACACCCCAACAGCACCGUACCUCACUUCUCGGCUCCCGCUCCCCGUGUCUCACACCGCAUGCAGCCCCCGACAGGGCCCUACUACCAACACCUCGACCAGCAACAACAAACGUUCCUACCCCAUAACACACAGCAAAAAACGUUCCUACCCCAUAACACACAGCAACAACAACAUGAGCACCCCAAACAGAAGCAGCCCCAGGCAUCCCAGCCCCCCUCCAUGCCCCCUCAGCCCCAGUCCUCCAUGGGUCUGAUGAACGGCUCUCCGAUACAGCAGCAGGUCCAUGGUGGGGCCAAGCCCCAGCAGAUGCCCCCUAACUUCGGCCCUGCAGCUCUCUUCAACCAUUUCAGCAGCAUGUUCGACAACAACAACCAGGUGGGUAACAACCAGGUUUGGGGUGCGUGCCACCUCCCUGCCCGCUCCCCUCCUGAGCAGCAGUAUUCUGCCCCCCCCGCCUACAUGGGUCAGAUGGAUGGCAUGAUGGCCCCUCCUCCAGACAGCUCCAAGGCCCCUGGGUACCGCUCUGCCUCACAGAGGAUGGUCAACAGUCCUAUUGCUCUGAGUCUGACCAGCUAUGCUACCAGUAUGUCUGGUAGUCCAGUCUAUCUACACGGCCCAGCAGCUGUGGGCACCCCCUCCUUCAGCAGACAGCACUUCUCCCCUCACCCCUGGAGCGCUGCCACAUCAGGCGAGUCCCAGGCGGUGCCCCCUCCCUCCAAGGUGUCGUCGUCUGGCCCCGCGGCCCCCCCUCCCCACCAGACCAAGCAGGGCAGCAGCCAGCAGGACAGAAAGGUGCCUCCUCCCAUCGGGACAGAGAGGCUGGCGAGGAUCAGACAGACCACCGUCAACCCUCCUCUCCUCCCGACCUCCUACACCGCUCCUGUAGGACAGGGAGGCAUCUGGUCCUUCGGAGUCGGCAGCGCCUCGGAAGCCAUGUCAGGUUGGUCUCAGCCCCUGAUGGGCAGUCACAUGGUCCACCCUGGGCUGCAGGCGGACCACACCUUCUCCCAGUACCAGCCCAUGGAGCAGGACGACUCCGGCAUCUCUAACCCCGCUAACUACCACCAGCAACACAUCAACCACCCUAACAACUACAUGGACUUCCCCAAGGGUAUGGCCAUGUCGAUGUAUGGAGGGACCAUACUGCCCCCCCACCCCCCUAUGGGGGAGAGUCCGGGGGGGGGCAUGUUCAACGGACUGCACGCUGCUGACCCUGCAUGGAGCCCCAUCAUCAAGGUGGUCCCCAACAAUGCAGACAACACCGACCCACAGCAGGUGUGGCCUGGUACCUGGGCUCCUCACGUGCACCUGAACCACGUCAACUAGCCGGCUGGCAUCGACAGAAAUCAAACGCGCGCGCACACACACACCACAAACAAGAAUUUUAUUUCCAACUGACAACAAAAACCAACAGAAUUGUAAAACAUGUUAACUUUAGUAGAGAACGAAGAGCAAAGCUGAGUUUGAAGAAAUGGAGAUAAAUUAUCUUGACACCGUUCUUUAAUGUGCCUAACUCAAUAAGAAAUAUACUACCAUUUCAGCAAUGGCUGUUGUGGAGUCGGGAGGGAAAACUCUGGGCCCUAGUUCUGUUUAAAGUCCGGUUGAUGUCUGAUGAACAAACUGAUGGUGACAGCCUGUCCAACCGGCUCCAUGCUCUGUGUAGCUUAGAUUUAGGACUUCAACCCACGUACAGAGUUCUCGUCCUCAGGGGGAGAGCUGAUGAAGGAGCUAAUGAUACUCAGCCAACAACUAGAGGAUGAUGAUUACCUAAAGAGAGAAAGAAAUCAGAAUACCUUUUAGUGGUAAAUACAUGUAUAAUUGUUUACAUACUAAAAAGGGUUCAAAUGAGAGUACAUUUCAUGUCGUAUAGUGGCUCUACUUUACGUAGCCUGUAUUAAUGUGAAAUAUUUACCUUAAUAUUCAAUAAACAUAUUGAAAUGUA